CAUUUCCCUAAACAACUUAGGACCAAAUUGUACUUCUGUUCCUCAGUUCUACUUUUUUGUGGAGAGAGAAACACAGCUCUUGACUCUAUUUUUACUUUAUUUUUUUAAGCACUGCUGACAGAGUUAAGAUAACUUUUUAUUAUACCAUGUAUAACUAUGAAAUAGCAUUAAUAGGGGAAGGAUGUAAUAAAUUAAACAUCUCUUCAUUUUAGAGAGAGAAGAUGGAAACAUCAUUGGUUUUCUUUCCUCAAUUAAAUAUGUGUGAAUCAAAAGAAAAAGCUUUUUUCAAGUUAAUACAUGGUUCAGGAAAAGAAGAAACAAGCAAAGAAGCGAAAAUCAGAGCUAAGGAAAAAAGAAAUAGGUUAAGUCUUCUUGUGCAGAAACCUGAGUUUCAUGAAGAAACCCACUCCAGUAGAUCUGGGCAAUUGGCCAAAGAAACAAGAGUCUCCCCUGAAGAAGCAGUGAUAUGGGGUGAAUCAUUUGACAAACUGCUUUCCCAUAAAGAUGGACUGAAGACUUUUACCACAUUCCUUAAAACUGAAUUCAGUGAGGAAAACAUUGAAUUUUGGAUAGCCUGUGAAGAUUUCAAGAAAAGUAAAGACCCUCAACAAAUUAUCGUUAAAGCAAAAGCAAUAUAUGAGAAAUUUAUACAGAAUGAUGCUCCCCAAGAGGUUAACCUUGAUUUUCACACCAAAGAAGUCAUUAGCAAGAGCAUCACCCAACCUACCCUACACAGUUUUGAUGCUGCGCAAAGCAGAGUGUAUCAGCUUAUGGAACAAGACAGUUACACACGUUUUCUGAAAUCUGACAUAUAUUUAGACUUGACAGAAGGAAGACCUCAGAGACCAACAAAUCUUAGAAGACGAUCACGCUCAUUCACCUGUACGGAGUUCCAAGAUGUAAAGUCAGAUGUUGCCAUUUGGUUAUAAAGAAAAUUAAUUGUGUUCAUUUUGGUGGCAAACCUGUAAUCUGCUUUUAAGAUAUAGCAUGUUUACUUCUAACAAAUGAGUACAUGUUUUAAAAUAAAAUGCAUUGUGUCAAAGGAUUUUAAAAAUGGAAAUCAAAACUUAACAUUAUAACAACACAUACUAUAUCUGCCAAUAUAUUCUGUAAAGCCUCCAUUUGACUUAAUUCCAUUCAUAAUCAGAAAAACAUACUACUUAAUGGAAAGAAAGUAAAGAAGUAAUAAGAAUGUGUUAUAAGACCGUAAAUUUGAGUUAAAGUUAAGCUUUUGCAAAAUUGUCUAUACUUAGACCAAAUAUCUACUUUGGAUAUUUUUUCUACAUGUAAAAAAAGUUAAUGUUCAGAUAUCCAUAUAUUCAGAACACAUUUUCCAUAAUAACGAAGACUCUUUCACUCUCAGUCAUAGAGGGUAGAAGUGAUCUGGUUCUUAUAAUAGGAGAGGACAAUCAUUGUUCUUGGGUUACUAACCCUGGUUAAAGAAUAAACAAUGUAUCACUUCUAGUUAUAAGCCGGAAACAGGAACUUUGGGGAAGACACAUUCACCUCUGUAGAACUUCCAGGUUAAACAUGACCCACAUUGAUAACUGAAAAUGGGAUCCACAUUUGGGUUCAUACUUAAAUGAACAGAGGCUUACCCAGUAAGUGGAGCACAUUUCUAGUAGUCGUAGAAACCUGACCAUAUUAUAUAUAGCUCCAAGGUUGGGACUAGGAGCAUCUUCUCAUCUGCUAGCAGAAAUUGCUACUAAAGUAGUGGGCAAUUAGUAGUUUGGAUGAGGCCCAAAGGAGGUUUAUCCCAGAAGUAGUUAGGUUUCUUUUUUGGACUUUUAGGACUGGGAUAAGAAUUAGAAAUGAGAGGAGGUAAAGAAACAAGGAGUCCAAGACUCUGGAGACUCAUGCAUCUGCUACAUUGUAUCCUGUAAAUAAAGUACUUCCCCAUUGAUUGUUUUUCUUCCAAGUCUCAUUGAGUCAUUUAAUACUAUAUCAUUCGAAUAAGAGUAUGUAAUAAGUAUAUAUGUCUCUGCUUUAGGGAAAUAUUUUAUUUUAAAUGUGUGUUGCAUGUAAAUGUGUGUAUUUAAAGAUGCCAUACAUUUGGCUGUAGCAAAUGUUAUUUUAGUUGAAAUGUAAAAUAUAAAAACUGCAGAUCACCCAUAGUAAUAAAUAUUUUUAACUUCUUCAUUCAUACAGUUAAUGUUUGUUUGGUCACUAAGUGCUCUUGCUGAUUGUUGAUUAUCCUUUCUGUCAUCAAACUACACACAGACAUAUUUUCUUAUUUUAGAAUGAUAUUGGGAUAGAAAGUAUUAAAGUGUUUUGUCACUGAUCUUAAUGCUAAUUCACUUCUUUAUAUUGUUAUAAAUAUGAAAACAAGGUAUCAUGCAUUUCAAAAACCAACUAAGAAAGUGAUUUUUAA